GCGCACGAAGCGCACGAACGCAUUUGACGACUCGACAGAAUCACGUCCGUCGAUCACGUCGGCCAGAAUAAAUUCCAACUCCGCGUCCAGACGCGCCAUGCCCGCCGAUUGAAAGCCAUGCCCGGAUACUAAGGCGCGAACGGACGCACAUCGCACUCGGCAGCACCGUCUUCACCCGCCUUCACGACGCAUCCGUAACACGCCAGGAUGCUCCACAGCAAGUUGCGCAUACAUACGUGUCGGGUAAUCCUGCUCACCUCGCUGGUGUGGUUCCUGGUCGUCGUAUUCUUGCUCAAUUUCUACUCGGAGUGCAUCGGCUCGCACUGCAAGAAGGCUGGUGAGUACGACGUCGAGGUCGGUGCGCUCACGCAGGAAAAAGCGGCGCAAGCCGCCGGCAAGCACAAAGACUACGACUUCAACGACGAACCGCAAGAAGAAGAACCCGAUGAUAAAUUAAAUAAAGUAGAAACAAAAUACAAACGAUCGGAAUUAAAGAAAUGGCGGCCUGCGCCGACGGUGCUGCCAGUGGCUGGAAAACCCGGCGAACACGGUAAACCAGUCCAUACACCACCAGAUCAACAAGCGCUCAUGAAGGAGAAAUUCAAACUCAAUCAAUUCAACCUGCUGGCGAGCGAUUCCAUCUCCUUGAAUCGCUCGCUCGCGGAUGUAAGACUUGAAGGAUGCAAAGACAAAUCAUACCCAAACCUGCUGCCUACCACAUCAAUCGUCAUCGUUUUCCACAAUGAGGCUUGGUCCACACUGCUACGUACCGUCUGGUCGGUGAUAAAUCGUUCCCCGCGGCCGCUCCUCAAAGAAAUCAUCCUUGUAGACGACGCUAGCGAACGGGAUCACCUCGGGCGCAAGCUGGAGGAGUAUUGUAAGACUCUCCCGGUGCCUGUUUUUGUUUUACGUACGGAGAAACGCUCCGGAUUGAUACGCGCACGAUUAUUAGGUGCCAAACAUGUCACAGGGCAGGUUAUUACUUUCUUAGAUGCGCAUUGCGAGUGUACAGAAGGCUGGUUGGAGCCGUUAUUAGCGCGUAUCGUCGAAGACCGGAAAACUGUCGUCUGUCCGAUUAUCGACGUGAUAUCAGACGAGACUUUCGAGUACAUCAGCGCGUCGGAUAUGACCUGGGGCGGCUUCAAUUGGAAAUUGAAUUUCCGAUGGUAUCGUGUGCCACAGCGUGAGAUGGAUCGGCGUGGUGGUGAUCGCACAGCGCCAUUGCGCACGCCAACAAUGGCGGGCGGAUUAUUCAGCAUCGAUAAGGAUUAUUUCUAUGAAAUUGGUUCAUACGACGAAGGCAUGGACAUCUGGGGCGGUGAAAAUCUUGAAAUGAGCUUCCGAAUAUGGCAAUGCGGUGGUAUCCUGGAGAUAAUACCGUGUUCGCACGUCGGGCACGUCUUUCGCGACAAGUCACCGUACACGUUCCCCGGCGGCGUGUCGAAGAUCGUGCUGCACAACGCGGCACGCGUCGCCGAAGUCUGGAUGGACGAGUGGAAGGAUUUCUAUUACGCGAUGAAUCCAGGUGCACGCUCCGUGCCUGUCGGAGACGUUACUUCCAGGAGGGAAUUACGGGAACGCCUGCAAUGCAAGUCAUUCCGUUGGUAUUUGGAGCAUAUCUAUCCCGAAUCACAGAUGCCAUUGGAUUACUACUACUUAGGAGAUAUACGUAAUGUGGAGACAACGAAUUGUCUGGAUACAAUGGGUCGCAAAGCCGGCGAGAACCUUGGCAUGACUUACUGCCACAAUCUGGGCGGUAAUCAGGUGUUUGCGUACACCAAGCGCCAGCAGAUUAUGGCCGAUGAUAAUUGUCUGGACGCCAGUCGUAAGAACGGACCUGUUAAACUGGUUCGAUGCCAUGGCAUGGGUGGGAAUCAGGCUUGGACCUAUGAUAUUAAAGAAAAAACGAUAAAACACGUAAACACCGGCCAGUGCCUGCAGAAACCGGAAAUGAGCGACAUGAACCUGCCGCUGCUGCGACCGUGCGCGCACGCCGCCCUCGGCCAGCAGUGGAUAAUGAGCGGCGAGUUCAAAUGGCAGGCGCACAACUAUCGCGAAGGCGACAGAUAAUACCCGCCCCCAUUGGCGGAGUAAUCGUCGUGUCGCGCGAACACCAGCGACGAACAAUCAGACGAAGAAGCAGCAGCAGCAGAAGAUGGAGGUGCAGGAGGCGACCUGCGAGUGCAAUGAUUCAGAGAUUAAUACGAAAAAGACUAACGACGCAUUUACGGCAACACCAGUUUUGAGAUUAACUGCAAGACGACAUUCCAGAGCCCUUCAACCACGCAGUCAUAUCAUGAUCUAACAUAACAUAGUAUUACUAUUAAUUAAGCGUUCAUAUCAUAGCUGAGACAGCGCUAGGCACACGAUGAUGGCCUCUUCCAAUUUCGAAACGAGCAAUAAUCAUUUGCGCGCGAUGGUAAACACGGUCCUAUUUUUUAAAAUGAAUACUUGACGCUUAGAAGUAUUUUAAGUGCAUUUUUGCUCAUGAUGAUAAUGAUUUUUUUUAUUGUUUCUUAUUUGAUAUAUAGAUAUAUUGAUGAUAUAAAUAUGAAUAUUGAUAGCGAGUGUACAUACAUUAAGCAGCUCUUUUUUAUUAUCACUACUAGUGUAAAAAAAUGGAGGCGGCGGACACGCGUAAAUUGUGAAAUAUUGUAAAAUGUAUAACAUAUCAUUUUUUUUUUAAAUUAAUUACUUAUUAUUGCGCGCCAGCAGCGCAAAUUGAAAAUUUUGGUGGUGGACGAGUGCAAUCAUUAAACAAAAACUACUUACGUUUGCAGAGCAUAUUGUAAAACGAUAGUAAUUUAUAUUAACACGAACUUGAUUUGAUUCUUGUACAUAGUUAAACGAAGUGUUUAAUUUUAUUAAAAGUAUAACUAAUAAAAACCAGACUGCUGCGUGUUUGUUGAGUGUGUGGUGUGUGUGACAGAGUAAUUGGAUGCAAUGAUGCGAAUUGUGUGUGAUUUAUGCGUUGGAUGUGAAUGAAACGUGAAGGUUGACUGACUGGCUGGCGGGCAGGCGGCAGUAAAGCCACGCGCGCGCCGCCCGCCGUGUUUACAAAUUUCCAAUAAAGCGCCGCCGCGUCGAUUACGUAAUCGGUGUUGUGUACACGCGCGUGUGGGCGCCCCGCGUGCGUGCGACGCGCGUUCGGCCUCGCGACGGUGACCUACAUGCGCGCUGGAAGCGCACUCAUUCGCUCGAUAUCGUCGUGCGAGCGCAGGAGCCGCGACGCCGUGUGCAGGACUCUCACAGACUCGCCGCCCGACUGCCCGUCCGCACGCACCACCACGAAUAUACUGCAAUCUAGUCGAUCAAACAUGACGUCGCCAGCAAUCAGCGGUCAGAAGGAUAAUACGUCGGCGAACGGCGGUAAGGAUUCGUCCUCGAACGAGGACAGCGCAUCCACGGCGGGCAAACCGCAGGAGACGCCGAUGGAGGAGGGCCCGACGCCGCCGCUGACCGCCUGGUGGCGUGUCUUUAAGCUGGCGAGCUUGCUGAUGAAGCAAGGUUGUUAGACGCGCACGCACUGCAAAGUGAUGACUAGUUAAUUCGAUCACCCAGCGAGAUUCCCCGACGCAGUAAUAUUUGUGCAUUGGAUGAGAAGACGCUGUUGUCGAUUCAGUCAAUUUACUGUCGUUAUUCCGUUCCGUACCUGCACUAGUGCAAUAUAUUAUUAUUAUUGAUGAAUUACUGUUAUACACACGAUAGGCGUUUAUGUAAGAUGAUUCGAUUUUUGAGUAGGUGAGGCGAGUGCGUACCAUGAUGAUUCGAUUGAUUGAUUAAUUAGGUGUAGCGUGGACGGGUUCUAGUGUUUACUGAUUGUAACCGUUGAAUUAUCGUUAACUAUUGAAAAUGUGACGAGUCAAUACAAUAAACAGUUAGUCUGA